GGUUGACUUCAGCUAGCCAGUAUUAUCAGUUUAGUACACAAAAUCAGACGUCCCAUUUCUUUUCCCCUUUAUUUUUAUGUGAGUAGGGUACAUUAGGUUCCAUUUUCUCACUCGUAAAUUUCAAUUCAUUUAAUUAGGAUUGAUUGCUCCGAUGACUUUCGUUUUGGUUGUCGCUUAACAGGAGCAUGAUAAGCUGGAGCGUUCGACUUCUUCAGACAUGGAACAACCUGCGUCUUCCAGCCAGGCAAACGGCGGCUGCUUCGACAAGAACUGUUCUUCACUGACGGUGGACGAUGUCUACGAGAUCGCCAAAGUAAUUGGAGCCGAGCUGGAGAGGCUCAUCGACGGCUACGGCAAGGAGAGCGUGCUGGGCCUGGUGCCCAGGGUGGUGAAAGUGCUGGAGCUUCUGGAGAGCUUCACGGCUAGGAAUCACGCACACAAACACAGGGAAGAAGAACUGCUCCGGACCUUUGAGAGCUUUCAGCUACAGCAGAAAAAACGGGUGUGCAAGGACACUGACGCAAUCAACGAAAAUCAUGAAACCAGGCAGGAGCAGCAGCAACAGAAGGAGCAGCAGUGGAGGAGCAAAUGUGAGGAACUCCAAGUGCAAAUCCAGCAGCUCCAGGAGGACAACGGGCAUCUGCAGAGCAGGUUAAAAGGGAGCCAUGCACAGGGUGAUCGUGUCCAGCGGCAGGAGCGAGAAGUGAUGCUGAAGCUGAAGGAGGUGGUGGACAAGCAGAGAGAUGAGCUCAGGGCCAAAGUCCAAGAGAUCACCACCAUUUCCAAGGAAGUGGAGGCGCUCCAGGAGCAGUUGGACCGCUUCAUGAAGAUGAAUGGGGAGCUGCGACACAAACAGAACGUGCUGCAGGCUCAGCUCAAGAGCACCGUGGAGAGAAAGGCCGACAUGGAAGCCGACCUGAAAGAGAAAGUCAAAGUGAUUGAAAAGCUGCAAGCGCAGAUGGACAGAACCAACAGCAACAGCCACUCCAUUCCGAGUCAGAUGAACAGUAAGACGGAGCCUUCAGCUGACCUAAAUGAUCAUGACCAGCCGUGUUUCACCAAAAAGGAAGUGCGUGACAUCAUUUUUGAGCGCAAUGAGCUCAAAACCAACCUCUUCCUGGUGCAAGAAGAGCUCAACUAUUAUCAAAGGGAGAUUCUGAAUGAGGAAAGGUGUCCUGGGUUCCUCUUGGAAGCAGUGCGAGCUGCCAUCAAUAAAAAAAGAAAAGUCAUCAAAGCCAAGAUGCUUGGAAUUCCACCCCCUGAUGACAGCAGUGACGAGGAAGACAAAGGUCCUGUGACUGAAGUGGAUGGUUCUGAAAAGCCAGCAGAGUCACGAAUUCGAAACCUCUUUGGCUUCCUGACGUGGUCGGGCAGUGGCCGGAGCCCCACCCACAUGAGCAACUCCUCGUCCAGCUGGGAGAUCAUCGCAGACGGCGAGGCCAGUGGGGAGCCACAGUACUAAAUAGACAUGACAAGUCAGUUGCAAGUUUGUUUUAAAGAAAACCAUUUUAUCCCACCGCUUGUUCUAAUAGAUGACUUGAAUGUGCCGCUGCAAGCUUUCCAGCAUUAUCACAAAAAAUACUAUGCAAAUGUUAAAGAAGAAACAGACUCUCACUUUUCCUUAAUCUUCUAAAUCCCAUUUUAUAUUCUUAAAUUUUAAGUCGUGUAAGAAAAUAUGUAAUUGUAUUCUCCUUAAUAGGAGGAAGUUCAAUUAUCUGGAAACAAAAUAUGACUAAUAUAUAUUUAUAUGCAACCUUUAUUUCUUUUAAAAAACCAAAGACUAACUGUUUUAAAGUGCACUCUAACAAAGGAAGCAUUGAAAAUGGAUGGUUAAGCACUUAUAAUUUCAAAAAAGUUAACCAAGCUUUUACCUCAUUUGGGCCAUUUCAAAUCAAUUUUAAUGAGGUAUUAUCCUUCUUUUAGCCGCCACUUUAUUUUAACCCCAUGCGCCUUAAACUGCUGCUUGAAUGGCUUAAUAUACUGUAUGUUUGUUUGUCUUUUGAUCCUCAUUGUCCAAAGAUUGAGUAAGAUUUUGUACAGAAAUUGUUAAAAAACAUUUUAUGGGUUACUUUUUUCUUCACAAAGUGUUCAUGAUGUUCCCUAUGAAGGAUGGAUGGAAAUGUUAAAAAAAAAAUCAGAAAAUACACUAACGUCAAUUAUCUGGCUUGGCACUGAGGCGGGGGGCAUAUUUUAAGGGGGCCAGUGCCGCCUUGGGCCCUCUAGCUCUGCCAGUGAGUCCAGUUGGAACAUAGUUCUAAUGUUUCGAAAUGUGUUUAAUUGAUAAAUGCUCUUGCGAAACCAUUGGUACUUGCACUUCAAAUUUAAUGUCUCCGCAUUUGGUGUUGAGCCAUACAUGUACAUAAAUAUUUCAAAUUACAAAAAAAAAAUGCUAAUACUUGAGAGAUCGACACCUUUAAAUUGAUGUGCCAGUCAUGAGUUUGAUCUGUUUAUGUUGCCCCGCAGCAAUGCACAGGCCAGUGAGCACUUGUGGGAACACAUAAUCCUCAUUUGAAUAUUUUUUUGUCAAUUUGUAUUUCUGUUUAUUUUUGUAAGCAUGGAUUUUAUUUCUGCUGAAAAGAAAUGGAUUACAUUUAAAUGCAAAUGUAACAAACAAAAAAACAAUGAAGAUGCAGAAUUUUCUGUUCAUUAAAGUCUAUUUAACGUUU